AUGGCGGCCCAACGCUCAAAAUCCGAUGAGCCUCGUAUUUUUGUGGAGACAUGUCUACUCUGUGGUAUACACAUUUUGACGGCUAACGGAGCAACAAUGAGCAGAGAUCACCUAGAUAUGCUCAAGGAGCCUCAAUGGGAAAUCCAUCGCAAAUCCCCGAUUCCUAAGCAUAUUAUAGUGCCAUCGACCGAAGUCGAGAAUAAAACUUUCUCUAAAUUUCCAUGGUUAUUAGCUUGCUAUCAGCGAGGAGUCUAUCUAGACGGCUUGCCCAUCGCCGCGCGAACGCUGAAGACUUUGGAUCAACGACGUCAGACAGUUCACCGCCUCGAGACUGAGCCAUCCUCAUGUCACAAUUCUUUACCAGCGAAUGUGGACUCCGUCAUUGUCAAGCAGCAGAAGGACGGCUGGAUUGCCCAGUUUCAGCGUGAGAAGGAAGCUUACAAGAGAUUGGGAAAUCUUCAAGGAACAAUCAUACCGAGACUUUUUGGCGAAGGCUCACUCAACGGGAUUCCUGCACUUAUUCUAUCAGAGGUUUCUGGUUCUACACUAUAUGAACUCGCUCGCAACAAGACCGAAGUUUCAGAAGACACAUUGCAGAGUCAACUUCAAGAAGUUUUUUCCGUUCUUCAAAAUCAUGGCGUGGAAUAUGGAGACCUAAGACCGGAGAAUUUCUUGCUUUGCGACAACGGAAAAAUUGUGAUUUUGGAUCUCGAAGAUGUUUCUUUCCCAAGGGAAACCGGGGAAGCGCCACCUUUGGAGGACUCCGGCUACCUAGGCGAUGCUGGCUACGUGAUGAGCAAAUUCAGAGAUAUCAGAAACCCAAACCGUCCUUCGUCGCCUGUUUCAUUUCUACAGGUGCCGAUUAAUGAACAAGAAAAGAGACAAUAUCUUGGACCAUAUGCAGUGCCUAAACCCAGUCGAGGUAGCUGUUACAUCUUGACCUAA